GGAGGUGCGCUGGCUACGUCUCUAGGGACUGUGUGGCGGGUGUGACCUCUCCCAGCUCCCCGCCUUCGCCCGCGAUGACGAGGACCAGGUCCGCUGCGCCUCCAAUCCCAGAUCAUGGUCGCGCAGGACAUGCUCCAUGACGCUGUGUGUGUGUCGAUCUGAAGCUAUCCUCUAUUGCAUCUAGAGGCUUGUACAAGCCAUAGAUCAAAUCCAACAAGAGAAGAAAUAUGUGUGUCUGAGGAACCAAGACGCCAAAGGUUCAGAGCGGCAUUGUGCUGAAAAAGCCAGGACAAUGUAAGAGGCUUGCACACAAGGAUCUAGGUUUCUCUACGAGCAGCAGAAUCAAUAUCCGAUAGAAUAUAACAAUUACGGACGAGGAGCCGCAACCGUAGCUUGUUGAGAUGUUGCAUAGCUUUCAGAGAACUAGGAAAGUAAUGGUGGACUCUCAUGAAGCACAAAGACAGAUAAUGUUUGAGGCAAAUUCCUUCACCGGCCCUGCGUAUGAGAAAUUCUGCAAUGAUGCCCAGCGGCAUGCUACUCUCAAGCUGGAGGUCGAGCUUAGGAACUGGAGGUCCUGCUUCGUGAGCUACGUCAGUGCUCAGAAGGCGUACAUCGAAUCCCUUGAUGGUUGGUUGUCCAAGUUCAUGCUCACAGACACCAUCCGUUAAUCCCGGGGAUCUCCUUGAUC